UGUUGUGGAGAUCAUGAAAAAAAUUUCUCGCGAGAAAUUGCCAACACCAUGAGAAAAACUAUGGCAGAUAUGGGAAAUCUGUGGGAAGAUUUACGGCGCCAGGCCAGGCAGCUGGAGAAUGAGAUAGACUUGAAGCUUGUGUCUUUUAGCAAACUUGGGACAAGCUAUUCCACUCAGCGAGAUUAUGAAAGCCUCCCUCUCUCUUUAAACUCAGCCAGCCCCCAGCCUGAGGCCAGACGGUCAGAGAGACAGAAUGCUACCAAUGGACGUUAUUCCUCAUCUUUCACUGACCUCUCAAGUGAUACAGCCCCCUUGUUGAACAAAGCCAGCAGUGAACACAUGUUUGACACUAUGGCCAUGGAGAUCUCACAGCUGUUAGCAAAGCUGACAGAGGUGAAUGACAGGAUGGUGGAGUACACCCAGAACAUCUCCACCUCCUCUCCCAGUGCUGCCCUCAUGCACACCCUCCAGCGCCACCGCGACAUCCUGCAGGACUACUCACAUGAGUUCCAGAAAACAAAGGCCAACAUCACAGCCAUGAGGGAAAGGGAAGACCUGCUGGGCUCUGUCCGCAGGGACAUCAAUGCUUACAAGAACUCCUCAUCCCUGAAUAGGAGGUCUGAUAUGUACCUCAAAGAACAUGAUCAUAUACGCAAUUCAGAAAGAUUAGUGGAUGAACAAAUCAGCAUAGCCAUAGCCACAAAAGAAAAUCUUCAGUCACAAGGAAAGUUUUUGAAUACCAUCAACCAAAAAGUCAACGCUUUUGCCAACCGCUUCCCUAUGAUUAACAGCCUUGUACAGAAGAUCAACCUGAGGAAGAGAAGGGACUCCAUCAUCCUGGGCCUUGUCAUAGCUGUCUGUGUCAUCCUCAUGAUCUUGUUCACCUUCCACUGACACGUCACCGACGUCUGACAUGGCCACAAUCACCUCUCAGGUCAAACAGCUCAUCCAGCUGAAGACAAACAUGGAGCCAAAGAAAAAAUGUUUCCUCUAUAAUUUGUACAUGUCCUCAUGUGUCAGAGGAGAUGUUCCCAGUGUGGCAUAAGACAAUGGCUGCUGCUGUAGGACAUGUCUACAACCCUCCCCCCCUUCAGGCUACUACAACACACAUCAUCUUAGCUCAUGCCUUAUUUCACUUCUGGUUUUUCUUCAUUCAAUUCUAUUUUAAUAUGUUUUGAGAAAAUGGUGAUUUAAGCAUGUUGGCUUGCUUGUUGGGAGAAGUUUGGAGUUGUAUGUGUGCAAAAUGUAAGAUGGAUGGUUGCUCAGACUGUGUGCCCAUGUGAUCUGGGGUUUUUACUGUAAGAUGUGUUUGUGACAAAAUGUAAGAUGGAUGGUUGCUCAGACUGUGUGCCCCAUGUGAUCUGGGGUCUUACUGUAUGUAAGAUGUGUUUGUGCAACAUGAAAGAUGGAUGUAUGUUGAAGACGCUAACUGUACAUAUUUUCUGUCACAGAGAAAGGUUGACAUAUCCUUGCUGUCCAUAAGAUUGUGUCUGGCAACGUUUCAUUGUAAAUAAUCAACUGUGAUUUUUGUAAAUACACAUUUUGAGGGAUGUUUUUUAAUUGGUUUAUUUGCUGAUCUGAAGAGAUCAGUGAAAAUUUGCUUCAAUACUGGGAUUUAUUUAAUGGACUGGAAUAGGGUUUAUUUUCCUAUGCUUGGUGUAAUAGUAUUGAUUCAUUUCUACAAAGUAUCUGGAAAUAAACAUGAAGUUUUUAAAUGUGUUGCAUCCAAAUAACUUGCUAACAAGUGAAGAUUUUUUAAAAUUGUUUUUGUGUAUUUGAAUAAUUUUUUACUUGAAAGCAGGUUGAGUAACAAAUAGCUUGUCUGCUGUUGAAUACCUGUUUGUAUUGAGAAUUUUAUUUGAAGCAAUAUGAUACUUGAUGUUGACAUCUUUAAAUAAACAUAACUUAUAUGAUGGUUUUCAGUCCAGAAAUAAGUUACAGACUAUUGUUAGGAACAUGAAAUCUAUCAACUUGCUUGUGAGCUAAUAGAGGCAGUCAUCUUUAUCUACAUUGAUACACAAAUGUGUAGACUGUCUAGUGUACCAGGUUUACACACCAAGCUGUCAUUAUUUUAAAACUGCCCCAGAUAAAUUAGUUGCUCUCAAAUCAUUCACUCUUCCUAAUGACCUCAGUUCUAGACUAAUUUCCUUCUAGGAUUUCCACUUCCUUGUGUUGCUGGCUGCACUGUGAGUGAGCCAAGUGGAAGAUAUGGAGUAGAUUUCUGGUCUACAUGUAUGGGUUAAACUAUACAAGAUGCUCUUUUCAUUUAGCAGAAAUAUGUCAGUUUUUACCAUGUUUAUGCAUAAUGAACAUAUAAAUCAUCCCUAUAUAGAGUUUGGCACUGGUUAUUGUUUAUCCCUCUUGACCGAGUACUACAAAGUGUUAAAUGAUUGGUACUUUAUUGAUCUGUGGGAUGAUCAUGGUAACUUUUAUUUUCUAUGUAAAACAAUCUGUCAUAAAGCAUGUCCUUUCACUGCCAUAACUUUUCCAUCUGAAAGAUGUGCAUGUUGUGUGUUUUGUAUGAACCAACAUUGUGUAUGCUGUAUGAAUGUAUUGUUUUGUAUGAACAUUGUGUAUGCUGUGUUUUGUAUGAACCAACAUUGUGUAUGCUGUGUGUUUUGUAUGAACCAACAUUGUGUAUGCAGUAUGAAUGGAUUGUUUCAUAUGAACCAACAUUGUGUAUGCUGUGUGUUUUGUAUGAACAUUGUGUAUGCUGUGUGUUUUGUAUGAACCAACAUUGUGUAUGCUGUGUGUUUUGUAUGAACCAACAUUGUGUAUGCAGUAUGAAUGGAUUGUUUCAUAUGAACCAACAUUGUGUAUGCUGUGUGUUUUGUAUGAACCAACAUUGUGUAUGCUGUGUUUUGUAUGAACCAACAUUGUGUAUGCAGUAUGAAUGUAUUGUUUUGAUGAAAGUUUGGGACCACUAGAAGAGGGACUUUUUAUUUAUUGAAUGUGACUCACCAUCAUAGUGAACUGUACAUAUAUAUUUUUGGUCUAUUUAUCUUCAAAACCUUUUAUCAUGUUGUUUUAUUGUAUUCUUGUUUGCAUAUUGCAAAUAUGAAACCAAA